GGCGUGGCUAUCAGUUUCUCCGGUGUCACUCAGGGAAGGGAGGAGCUGGCACGGAACACAAAAUGCUGCAUUUUACCAUUCCCACUGUGAAAAUCGGGUAAAUCAUAUUAGAAUUUGUUUUAAAAUACUAACCUGGGACAUUUCCCAUGUUAGUGUGAUCCAUGCAUUUGAUAUCUCGGCCUGGGUUUGGCGAACGAUCUCGAGGAGCACCAAUGUCGUUAGAUAUAAUGGGAAUUCUGUGGUAGGAUGAGAACUCCGGUAUCACGCUUCAGGGACGUCGAGAGGCAGGCCAACAGCCUCCAGCCCGCUCAGUGUCUUCCACCCUGUCAUGAGCGUCCAAACAACAUGUGGUUCAUCAAAGAUGCCUGCGGCAUUGUUUGCGCAGUCAUCACCUGGUUCCUCGUCUUCUUUGCCGAAUUUGUCGUGCUGUUUGUCAUGCUUAUUCCAUCGAAGAACCUGAUCUACAGCAUGUUGAACGGUGCCCUGUUCAACAGCCUGGCAUUCCUUGCCCUGGCGUCUCAUUUUAGGGCCAUGUGCACCGACCCGGGAGCUGUGCCAAAGGGAAACGCCACUAAAGAGUACAUUGAGAGCUUACAGUUGAAGCCAGGGCAGGUGGUGUACAAAUGUCCCAAGUGCUGCAGUAUUAAGCCAGAUAGAGCUCACCACUGCAGUGUCUGCAAGCGUUGUAUACGCAAGAUGGACCAUCAUUGUCCUUGGGUAAACAACUGCGUCGGGGAAAGUAACCAGAAGUACUUUGUGCUUUUCACAAUGUACAUUUCUCUCAUCUCCCUCCACGCUUUAGUCAUGGUGGUCCUUCAUUUUCUCUACUGCUUUGAAGAUGACUGGACAAAGUGCAGUAGUUUCUCCCCCCCGGCCACUGUCAUCCUCCUCAUCCUCCUGUGCUUUGAGGGCCUCCUCUUCCUCAUCUUCACCUCUGUGAUGUUUGGCACCCAAGUCCAUUCCAUCUGCACCGAUGAGACGGGCAUAGAGCAGUUGAAAAAGGAAGAGAGAAGAUGGGCUAAAAAAACAAAAUGGAUGAACAUGAAGGCGGUUUUCGGACACCCCUUCUCAAUAGCAUGGUUUAGCCCAUUUUCAACGCCCGACCACGGGAAAGCUGACCCCUACCAGUAUGUGGUCUGAGUUCAGGAAGCUUUAAGCUAGGAACUGGAUGGCACUUGGACCGCCCUCAUAAUCAAAAGCCUCUGCGUCUUUUUAUUUGUUUGUAAUCUGGACCUGAGCGGAGCAUUUACCCGAAUCACCUUUAUUAUUCUAUUUUUAGAGGAACAAAUGGUUGCGCAUCCAUUCAUUUUUGCCUGCAUUCAUUUUUAUUAAAAAGGAAAAUUGAAGCUUUACAUUUAUCAUGUCGUAAACAAAGCAUCUCUGCCUGGCUAUACUAAAAUGAAGAAGAAUGAUGGUGAAGAAAUUUAUGCUAAUAUAAUCACAAUUGAUGUAAUCCUUUAAAAGUGUCAAAAGUUAUGACCUUCUCUUUGAAGUACUUGGAUACUUUCUUUGAAUUUUUUCUACCUACUUAUAACUUGCUGCCGUAACUAAUGUAAAAGCACUGGCAAACGUUCACUAAAAUGAUGUAUGUGACCCUGGACCACAAAACUAGUCAUGAGUGUCAAUUUUAAAAUUUUGAAAGCUGAAUAAAUGAGCUUUUCAUUGAUGUAUGGUCUGUUAGGAUAGGACAGCAUCUGGCAGAGACAACUAUUUUAAAAUCUGAGGGUGCAAAAAAAAAGUAAAAUAUUGAGAAAAUCGACUUUAAAGUUGUCCAAAUGAAGUCCUUAGCAACUGCAUCCACUCACAAAAUAUAUUUCCGGGAGGAAAUUUACAAAAUAUCUUCACAAAACAUGAUCUUUAAUUAAUAUCUUAAUGAUUUUUGGCAUUAAAGAAAAAUCUAUAAUUGUGACCCAUACAAUUGUGGCUAUUGCUACAUACCCUUGCGACUUAAGACUGGUUUUGUGGUCUAGGGGGCAGUGGUUCUCAAACUUUUUCAGCGUGCAGGCCCGUUGUAUACGGUGCAUUCCUUUGCGGCCCCCCAAAGAAAACUUAUGACAAAAAACAGUUCUAAAACGUAACAUUUUAAUUAAACAAAACAUUAUACAAAGCAAAACAUUAUACAAAGUAGUGCUGUUGGUUUGUAGCCUUGUUUUUUUUUAGGUUUAAUUACACAGAAUUCAUGAUAAAUGAAUUUUGAGGACCACUGGUCUAGGGUCGCAUUGUGCUUACAGUUACAAGAGAUGUUUAACAUAAAUCUAUUGGCUCUGCAGCAGAAUAGUGUAAACAAUAAAGCAAGCUUAAUAGGGGUGUAAAUGUUUAUGCUGAUAUGAUUUAUUUAUGUUUAUGAUUCAAUUGUAAUUCUUUACUAAAUUAUACAUUAUUGACUUUGUAAAAUAUGGUUAAGCUCUUGGAUACAGUUUAACGAGAUAAUGUUCUAUAAUAUCAACAUAAUAAUACACCAGUUUUUAUUUAAAGGGGACAUAUCAUGAAAAUCUGACUUUUUUCAUAUUUAAGUGCUAUAAUCGGGUCCCCAGUGCUUCUAUCAACCUAGAAAAUGUGAAAAAGAACAACCAGUAACUUAGUUUUGGUAAACCAUUCUCUGCAAGCAUAUAAAAAAAAUGGGUGAUUAAAAAUUGGCUCCCCCUGUGAUGUCAGAAGGGGAUAAUACCGACCCUUAAUAUGCAGUUCCUGCAAUUUUAACAUGAUAUUAUAAAUUAUCUAUAUGGUAUUUUGAGUUAAAAUUUUUUACAUACGUACUCUGGAGACACCAAAGAUUAAUUUGCCCUCUUUAAAAAAAUCUUAUGAAAUAUCCCCUUCAAACAAGAAUCGCAUUUUGGAAAAUAUUUAAAUCUAUUAUUAAAUUACAUAAUCAAUGCAUUACAUUUUUACACCCCUUAAGCUUAGCAGUAUAUUACACAUUUAAAAAAAAAUCAAAUUAGUUUGGGCGCCUUUGCAACUAUACAAAUUAUUUUAUGGGUAACACACUACAAUUAGGUUGUAUUUGUUAACAUUGGUAAAUGCAUUAGCUGCAUGUAGUUACAAUAUAUAUAUAUAUAUUUUUAGCAUUAAUUAACCUAUGUUAAUAUUAUUUAUUGACAAUUAAUAAUGUUUGAUCAUUGUGCAGUAACUGCAACAACUUUUUUUUUAUUAUAAAAAUGUUUUUGUAAAUGCUGAAAUUAACAUGAACUAACAAUGAACAAAACAUCUACAGCAUUUUUUAAUCUUAGUUCAUGUUAGCCAUUGCAUUAACUAAUGGUAACAAAUACAACCUUACUGUAAAGUUUUAACAUUUUAUGUGAUCACUUUUUUUUUCACAAAAAAACUGUUUAUGAUAUGGUAUAUACUGUUUUUGUAUGUUUAGGGUUUGUUUACUUUUUUUAGUACACUUGAUUUUGAAGGAAUGAUGGGAAAGCUCGGGAAUGUAGGAAUUUGACUUUAAUAUAUAACUACAUCAACAUACAGUAUACAAACAUAUGUGAAUAUAUUCUCUGACUUACUACAUGAGAGAUAAAAAGUGUUUUCGGAAUGCCGUUCCAAACCAUUGUUGCCAUUGUUCGGUUGGUUUCAUGUUUUCCAUUUUAUUAUGUACAUUUUUAUAUGAAUGUAAGAAGUGUGCUUUACUUUUUUUGUCCGUGCGUGUGU